UCAAAUAAUAGACACAUUUAGUUCUGUUUUGACAUCGAAUUUGUCAUGUUGGUUUAAUUUUUUUGUUGGUUUUUUUGUAACAUGUCUGGGAGUAAAAGUGAUAAGUCUUCCCAGAAAAAUGAAUUUGAAAAAGUUUAUCCACAUCCAGACAGCCAAUGGAAUCGAGCGUCUCAACUAAUUGGUCAAAUAAACCUUAUGGUAGCAGCUUUGGAGACCGUUCUAGUGGAAACGUUACACACCCUUCAUAUUUUGCGCACUUUAAAUACUCGAAAUAAUAUAUCCUUUGAUGAAAAUCUUUUGAGAUAUAGCGAUGUCGUGGAAAGGUUUACUGGUACAGAAGAUCACUCAGAGAAAAGGCUUCCUUCCAGGGGAAUAAACCACGAUAAACUGGCCAUAGACAUUAACAAACUAAUAAACGUCUUUCGAGAAACAGCGAAAAAACUAAGCUACAGCGAGGAGUUUCCAAUUUUAAAAGGAUUUCUUAACGCUAUUAAUAAUAUGACGAAAGAUGACGACAUGUUGUUUGAAAACGAAAAAACAAAAAGUCUGGAAAUCAAGCUUUUAAAACAACAGUAUAACAGCGAAAAAGCCAAAGGAUUAAAUAAUGUGGAGAAAACUUUUGAUAAUAUUCAAUAUUUAAAAUUUUCUAUAGAAAAUGCUAUAGCGUAUGGACGAUAUGAAGUAAACUAUUUUAAAAAAUGGGAAGCCACAAGAGCAGAACAAAAUAAACUUGCUUGUUUAGAGCAAGAAAAUGUUUAUAGACAUCGUAUCGACGACACUAAGAAAGACAUAGAACUUGAAAGAAAAUGUCAUCACAAAUUUAAGGGUUAUAUAGAAGAAAGCAGACGUGAUAUGUUGGAUGAAAUUAACUAUUUGGUAAAGCAUUAUGACGACGAAAUCGAGAGAAGAGAGAUCGAAAUAAUUGAUACGCAAAGAAAACUCGAAAAACUCUGCGUGCAGCAUAGACAAGUUUUGUAUGAACUUGAGAAACGACAAAAAGAAAUGGCAGAAUGGAAGCAGUAUAAGAGAGAAAGAGAAUUACGACGUAAACGUGCUAAGCUUGUGAAAUGGGCUUCAGUUGUGAUACAGGCCUGGUGGAGAUGUAUUAUGGUUCGAAAACGAUUGGGUCCCUACAAAAGAAAGAAGAAAGAUAAAAAAAUCAAAAUAUUCAAGUAAUCAUUGGCUAAUAAAUAAACAUCUAAAAUUUGAAAAA